AUGUACACAAAAGGGGAUGCCGCACCAGCAGCUGCACCCGGUACGAUUCCUCAGAGCCAAACCCAGAACGGCACGUCGAAUGGAGAACAAGGCAACCCGCAAGAAGACACAGAGGAGAACGACGGCGGCGACGACGGUCUUGACCUUGACGAUGAUGCUAUUCUCAAUGGCGUCGGCGACCAUGACAACCAGCAGCAAGUGUUUCAAAAGUGCCUCGAUGAAUACAACGACUACCUUGGUGUGUACGUCCCGCCAUCCUUUUUCAUUGGUGGACGCUUCCUCGACACGUACUCGCUCUGGACAGCGUUGCAGGAUGCCGCAGAUGACGGUGACCGGAUCAACUGGGAUAGUGUCGUCGAGACGCUCGGGCUCGACAGCACCAAGUAUACGCUCCUGGCAUCGCAGCUUGCUGCAUGGUACGAUUUCAACCUAAAAGAGUUCCGGUCUUUCUGGAUACGGUACAAGGAAGUCACCGAAGCCAGUGGCAGCGAUGAGGAGGGUGAAGAUGAGGAGGGUGGCGAGGAGGACGAAGGAGAAGUAAGCGACGGAGAGGCGGAGGCAGCAGAGGCAGACGUGCAGGCACCGUCUGGUAAUCCAGCGCCGGGCACGGCCAGUCGCAGCAGGGGCUUAGUGGACGUCGUCCGCGGGCUUUUCAGAAGCAGCGAGGCGCAUCCUGAUGCACCAGCGCCUGAAAGUCCCAGUAAGCAUGUUCGGUUCUCAGGUGCAGAGGGCGAUGGCGGUGCCGGCGAUGUCGGUGGUGACAGCAACGAGGAGGAGGACAGUGACGAGGAAGACGACGAAGACGGUUUCCAAACACGCCGGGGUACUCGUUCUGGGGCACGGCAACGGACGCCGACAAAGACAAGGACGGUCGAGCCUGAGACACAGGACUUUGCCUUUGGUAAUGAAACACAGGCCCCGACCGACCUUGGCGGCGAUGGCGAAAACGAGGACGACGAGGGGGGCUUUGAUGAGGUCGACGCUCAGAUGCGUGGUGCCCCUGGCAAGGCAACACCGACACGCCAGCUGCGGUCCGAAGACCGCGCCGUGGCAUCCGUGCCCCGGUCACUACCGGCUCCAGGGUCUACCAAGCGAAAACGGACAGCAGCGGCGCCGUCCGCCGCAUCCCCGUCAAAGCGUCAACAGCGAAAGCCUACGGCUUGA